GAGAGGAUACAGACGACAACGUUUCCUUCGGGAAGAAAUUCUGCUCCGUGAUCGUUGGCAGCAUCGGCUGCACGAUCGGCCUGGGAUUCAUGAUCGGGAUUCCCGUUAGCCAGAUCGUGAUCGGAACCCUCUUCCUCAACCAGUGCACGAUCCAGCGCAUGAUCCCAAUCUUCCUGGUCGUCUGGGGAAGCUUCGGAGUCUUCAAGACUCUCCUCUCUACAGGAGAGAGAGUUCGCAACCACGUCCGCAAGAACGAAGGAGAAGACGACAAGGAGAAGAACGCCAAACCGAAUCCUCUAGACGGUCUGAUCAGCGUCUUCCUCUUCGCUUGGUUCAUCGCAGGGAACUACUGGAUCUUCUCGGUGUACACGACUGUGAACACCGUCGACUCAACCAGCGCUCUCUACUGCCACGGCACCCUGUACUACUUUGCCUUCUGGAUGACCAUAGCGAUGUACAUUCUCAUCGGAGUCGCCAUCCUCAUCGCCUGCUGUUGCUGUUUUGUGUGCUGUUGUUGCUGUGGUAAAAAAGGCAGCGCCGACAUCGAGAAGUAGACUUCUGAACAGACAACGUAGCAAGUAUAUAUCUUUUCACCAUACGAAUAUCGUUCUGUGUAGUUCCAAUCACCUAAACUUGUAAGCUGUUUAGUGUAAGUGUUUUGUCCCUGGUCUCUUUUCAAAACGUAAGAAGCUAUAUUUGAAGCAUUUGUGACUCUUGCCAAUGCCAGAACAGCUGUCGACUAAGUAAAAAGGUACUGUCAUAGGACGCGUUACCAAGACGACACCUUCCAUAGUUUAUUUUACUAUCAAUUAUUCAACCAGAGGACUGAGUUAGCAAAUAUUAGGCCUGUAGGGACGGUUUAUGUUACUAGCAUUAAAAGUUAACUCUCAGGUUAAUGAUAUAUAUAUUAGGUACAUAUUACGUACUUCUUGAAACAAGAUAGUUGACACUCGUACGGGUGAAUCUUUUUAAAGCCUUCCAAAAAUUGAUAUAUCUGUAUUCAAAAGAAAUUAUGCAACAUGAUCAGUGUAGAGACUCGAAAAAAAAAGCAUAUGGUAGGAAUACAAGGCAGAAAACAACGCUGGACUACCCACACACAUUUCACAGUCUAUAUUGUGUGGACAUGGUUUUUCAAGUGUCUGUCUUUACAAUAUUAGCAUUAACGACACCUAGUAUUUAGAGAAAGAAAACAUUCGAAAAAAACUUAUAAUCACGUUUAAUUCGGACUGAAAGCGGACAAAGAAUUGUUCAGAAAAUAAAUUCACAUUUAUCAUGAGUCAAUUUUUUAUUCUAUUUGUUUCAAGUAUAUUCUAUCUAUUGAAAAAAGGAUGAGAUUGUUUGCCUACCUGAGAAAAUCCAUUGUUUUGGUAUGAUUCAAAAUGGCCGCCGCUAUUUCGAGUCAGCCAAUCAGAGACUGCGUUUUUUGCUGCUAAAGAAACUUUUGAAAAUGAAUAUUAAUAUCAUUUCGAAUGAUGUGCCCUAAAAUUCAAAAUAUAGAAUUGAAUUCAAAGAAUCAGCUCCAAGAGUACAUGAUGUAACAUAAACCUAUAUAUAAUAAUAUUAUCAAUGAAUAUGUACUUCUAUGCAAAGCUAGAACAUGUCAAACAUACAAGAUUAGACCUUAGCAUAUUAGAUCUAUAGUAAUAUAAUAUGUCACGUAAUGCUAUUAUAUUACUGUCAACCAUAUGGAUUAACUUAGCAGACAGUGCAACUAUCACAGAGUUUUUAAUCUUUUAAAGUUUUCCAAGUAAUUUGGAGUGUUUUGUGUCUCAAACAUAGUGUAGAAAUACAAAUGCCAUUAUAUUGUAUACAGUAAAGUAUAUCGUUUGUACAUUUUGUACAAUUACACUGUGUGUACAUUAACGUGUGUGUGUAAUGUUGCCAAAAUGAAUAUUCUAAACAUAUUACAUGAAUUUGUACAAGUUAUGUGUAUGUUAGAUGUACAUUUUACUAUCAGUAUGUUUCACGUCUGCCGUGUAAGAAAUCACUUGCAAGAAAACUGGUGUAGAUUGUAUUAGUUUCUAUUUUUGAAAACACCAACUUACCAUAUAUAAAACCUAAUCAUAUGCAUGUGAGUGCCAAGUGUUUGAAUAAACUACUUGUUUGUCUGUGUAUA